AUGUCGAAACAAAAGAAGCGUAAUUCCCAAAACAUGGUAGACCCGAGGUUACAGGGUCCAUUCAGGAAGUACCUCCCCUAUAACAUCUUUGAAGAGUGCCACAUUGGUCAUUUAACUACACUUGAUUAUAUUUUCGCGUUUUUAGUUGUCGUUGCCAAUUUCACAUUCGUAUGGAAAUCACAUCCUUCAUCAUUUUGGGCCCGUCCAUGGGAUAAUGAUACUGAACAGGAACUAUUUGGUUACAUUCGGUUUUAUCUGGACAAGGCCUUCUACAUUCACGAACUACCACCGUUCACCGUCCAGCUAUACUCCACUAUUGAGAGGCUAGAUAUCACACAAAAUCUAAGAUGCGUUUCUUUAUUUUUGAAUUCGUCCACUUUGGCUUUUCUUUUCCUGGUGUUGAGGAGAAUUGAUUGCUCUUUUAUUAUUUCCACAGUGGGUUUACUGACACUGUCCAAUUGGGGGACUUUUAGGAAAGAGGGUACCAUUCUUUCAUCUGAUAAUUUGGAAUGGUGUCUUUUUUCAAUAAUAUUAUACACUUCUAUCACUAUGUCAAGAAUGAAGCUGGGCACUGCUAAAUGGUUCGCACAUUUGAUUACGUUAUCCAUUUCUUUAGGAUUAGCAAUUUCUUCUAAAUUCAUUGGAUUUCUCACAUGGGGGUUCAUUAUUCUUUCUUUGGUGCGUCAAUUCGAUAAAUUGAUAAGUGACGUUGAUAUCACGGCUUUUCAAAUUGUUAGAUUCAUUGUUUUUAACCUAUUAUUUAUUUUUAUUGUCCCUACUUCCAUCUUUACGCUAAGUUACUGGAACUUACUCUCAAACUUUAACGUCGAUGUUCCUGAAUAUUCAAAAUAUAUGACCACUUCCUUCAAAUCGUAUCUGAGAGGUUCCCAAUUGCAGCCAACUCGAUUAUAUUAUGGCUCAACCAUUACUUUGCGCCACUUGGAUUCAAUGGCGGGGUAUCUUACCUCUCAUGAAAUUCCCUACCCAUCUGAUAUACAGGAAAAUCUAGUCUCAUUAUCGUUUGAGGAAUUUAAUGCCGAUAAUGAAUGGGUAGUUGAACAUCCGACGUUGAAAUUAAAUUUUUCUGAAAUACAUCGUAUUGGUCAAUUGAUACCUUUAGAGUUUGAUCAUGAUAUAAAACUAAGACACAAAUCUACUGGGAAGCUGUUAAGAGCAAGUACCGCUAAACCGCCGAUCAGCGAGCAGGAUUACGAUCUUCGAAUCUCAUGCACGAAGGACUCCGAGUAUGAAGGAGGAAUGGAUGAAAGAUGGAAUGUUCUGUUGGUAAAAGACAGUACUAAUGAUAAUAACAACAGUAGCAGUGAUGAUAAGUAUGUCAAGCCACUUCGAUCAGAGGUCCAGUUGCGCAAUAAGGGUCAGAGAUGUGGGCUAUUGAGCCAUGAUCUGAGAUUACCUGAAUGGGGUUACUUUGAGCAAGAGGUUCUAUGUAUGGAAAAUCCAGUUAUGUCCAGAACCUCUUUUCUAAUAGAUUCAGUAAGACUGGCAGUUGAUUUCCCAAUUCCGACGAUGAAAUAUUAUAUGAACGAGAUUAAUUCCUCAACAGAAGACAGCCGCACUUUGUCCUUGAAACAAUUUGUUGGCCUGCUCAAAGAGUACAUCUUCAAACAGUACAAGUACAAUUAUUACGUUAGAUACGGUAAAAGCAAGGCAAAUUUCGAAGAUUCUUUGGUUGUGGAGAAAUGGCCGAUCACGUUGGACGCUGGAUCUCCAGUCUGGUUUAAGCUCGCUUGGUAUGGUUCUAUACUAGCGAUGAUCGUUUUCUUGUGCGUGCAAUGUAACAGAAUUGUACAUUGGAAUCCAUGGUCAACUACUGAAACAGUCUUUUCCAUCAACUGGGAUAUCUACAAUGAGUUUGGCUGGGAGUGUACUGUUGGAUGGUUUUUACAUUAUUAUGUCUUCACUAUGAGUCCACAUUUCAAUUUGGAAAGCAAAUUGUACUUUCAAAGUUUUAUUUUCAGCGAGUUAUGUCUUCUGGAAUCAUUGAAUGUUUUGGCAAAGAGUCAUAAGACCAUCUUUUCCAUUAUGAUAUUAUUGCUUAUUACAUCAAUAGUUCUCAUGUAUAAAUAG